GUCGAUAUACUUUUUAUUCUAUUAGUAUUAGAUAUCUACUAAAAAAACACACGGUGAGAGCGUUUCGGUCUGCGCAGUCGCGCGCAAGUGAUAACGAACAGCGGUAGAAAGAUUGCAUUUUUAAUAUCUUCAUUGUUUCCUCGAUUAUUUCGACUCCAGCACUGGUAUGUGAUAAAUAAUCAUUGCGCAAUCGGAUCAAUUGUAAUCUUUUUCAAGGAAAAUUAUUACAUGUUUCGAAAAUGAACAGUUUCGUGGUCGAUGUGGACGGGAUCGCUGGUCGGCUGACGGCAGAAUUGAAUAAUGAGCGAAGGCGUUAGUCCCUGGAAGACCAACCACCAUGACAUCGGCAUGCUAAUGUUGAAAGACAGAAGAGAAAAGAUAACGAACGCCGGCAAAUACUCCGAUCGUUACAAAGACAUUUUUUCGCAUGAAGUGCCCGACGAAGAAAAAUUCCCCUUAAGUGCUAAGUGUCGCGAUACCAUGGAACACUACCGUAAAGUGUCAAAAGGGGGGAAGCCCGAAGACUCCCCUACCGCGGUGUCAAAACUGACCACGGAGAAAAUGAAGCUUACAGUAGGUAAGAAAAGUAGCAACGCUACCAAUGACCUAAAUAAACAAGAGAAUGCUUUAAUAGGAUUCAAGCACGUACCGGAGGGUACCCACAAGCCGAACCAACCCCCAUUGCCACUAAGUUCACCGAACACCACCAAGUGGCAGAAGAGGAACGUCAACGUUUACAGCGUCAACACAAACGUUCCACCUUCUAGUCCUAAUCAAAUCAGAGCACCUCCAGGAUUCCCUCCCAAGAAACCUCCACCUGUAGCUCUAAGCGCGAUACUCAACGGAAACAACAACAACAAUAUAAUCACUAAUAACAACAACCACUUCGAUAAUACUUUAUCGCAUCUAGAAAACGUUGAGAGUAUCAUUAGCAAAUUAGACGAACACGAAAAGAAGGAACAAAACUUGAAAAAAUUCGAAGAACUAGUCAAAAAAUUCGGCCCCAAGCCUGCCGAAAAGGCCAAGAAAGCCGCGGCUCCUUUCGAACAGUCCCCUAAGAAACAAACGAAACCAUUGGAUGCGUCGGAAGACCAACUCAAAUCUCAAGAGCACAUCCUCAACCCGAUCAAACACGCCAGUGAAGUCGAAGAUUUGCCCGCCAAAGGACUCAAAGAAGAGGAGAACGAGAAACAUCAUCAGCAUUUUAACAGAGGUGCCAAGGAAAGGAAGAGUACGGAUACGAACGAGAAAGCGAAACCUGUGCAGCAGCCUUUAAGCAGGACGGCUUCCGAUGCUCAAAACAAAAGUUUGACCAACGCGAAAAAGUCGUCGACAAGGACCUCUAGGGAUCGUACCUCACGAAAAACCAAUGACAGCACAGUGGAAUCAACGCGCAGCAGUUCCGCGUCGAUGCGGAACAGGUCGCGAGUGGGAGAAGAACCGACCAUCGGCAAAUACAAGCUACUCAAAACCAUCGGAAAAGGAAACUUUGCCAAAGUCAAACUGGCCAAACACGUUCCCACGGGCAAGGAGGUGGCCAUUAAGAUCAUCGACAAAACUCAGUUGACACCUGGUUCACUCCAAAAACUAUUUAGAGAAGUAAGAAUAAUGAAAAUGUUAGACCAUCCGAAUAUAGUGAAACUCUUUCAAGUGAUCGAAACGGAGAAAACUUUGUACCUGGUUAUGGAAUACGCGUCCGGCGGAGAAGUCUUCGAUUACCUCGUUCUGCACGGUAGGAUGAAGGAAAAGGAGGCGCGAGCGAAGUUUAGGCAAAUCGUCUCUGCAGUACAAUACUGCCAUCAAAAAAGAAUUAUACACAGAGAUUUAAAGGCUGAAAACUUACUGUUGGAUAGUGAAAUGAAUAUUAAAAUUGCCGAUUUCGGCUUCUCAAACGAAUUUACCCCAGGAAAUAAACUAGAUACUUUUUGCGGGAGUCCACCUUAUGCAGCUCCUGAACUUUUUCAAGGUAAAAAGUAUGACGGUCCAGAAGUAGAUGUCUGGUCGUUAGGCGUAAUCCUCUAUACCCUCGUCUCGGGUAGUCUCCCCUUCGACGGUUCGACGCUCAGGGAGCUGAGAGAGCGAGUACUUAGAGGCAAAUACCGGAUCCCUUUCUACAUGAGUACCGACUGCGAGAAUCUACUCAAGAAGUUCCUCGUACUCAAUCCCGCCAAAAGAGCUAGCCUGGAGACCAUCAUGAAGGACAAGUGGAUGAACCAGGGGUAUGUGGGGUACGAAAACGACGAACUGAAGCCGUACGUCGAGCCUGAGCAGGAUAUGAGCGACCCCAAACGGAUAGAGGCUCUAGUUUGUUUAGGAUUUAACAGAUACGACGUGGAAAACUCAUUAGAUUCACAGAAAUACGACGACGCGUUUGCGACGUAUCUAUUAUUAGGAAGGAAAAGCACCGAUCCGGAAAGUGACGGUAGUCGGAGCGGCAGCAGUUUAUCCCUGCGUAACAUGACAGGGCAACAACAGGCCACGCCUCAACCUGCUAUACAGAGCCCUCAACACAGAGGCGUGCAUCGUUCGAUUUCGGCGACGCACGCUAAACCUAACAGGAGAGCAUCUAGUGGAGCGACAGGCCAUGGAUUGGCAUUAGUGCCAGACUUCGCUCUUCAACUACACAAGAAAAGUGAAACUCUAAGGACGGGAGCCCAACCUCAAGUACCUGCCUCGCAAAUAAACAACCAACAAUCUUCAGGUUUCAAACGGCAAAAUACCGUCGAUAGUGCUACGAUCAAAGAAAAUAGUGCCAGGCUUAACGCCAGACCUGCCAGUGCUCAACCCAAGACGACUACGGAGAAUAGUUUACAAGCUCCGACUAAAGCUCGAACUGUAUUUAAGAACCAAGCAUUAUCUUUAGGAACUACCGUGGGACGGAGGUCUACCAUUAGCUAUGACGGCAAAUCAGAUAGUACAGAGAAAACUAAUUCGACUACAGAAACUCCAGGACCUGAAGCUAUUGGUACCGGAGACACUUUAAGGCCUGGAAAAGGUCACGUAAAAUCGGCCUCGGUUAGUAGCAGCGGCCCUGAGCCUGCUACUGAUCCCUUACGCACUAGCCGCACAAGCGCUUCGCCAGCCGCCACCAGGCAACAGGCCUUCCCCAGGAACACAUCCUCGAGGAGCACCUUCCAUUCGGGCCAGACCAGGCCAAGGGCAACGUACGCCCAAGGGGCUCCGGGAGACUCUCCACACACAAGACCUUCGUUUUUUUCUAAAUUCAGCCUGAAGGGCUUCACAAAAAGUGACAGAAGUCAUCUUGAAUCUAACCAAACCGGUCAUCAAAACAGAGCUUUAGCAUUAGAACCAGGUCAACAAGUUAAACAUGGCAACUCACCUUUACCUGCAGUGGGAGUUCAGGGAACCCCAAACGAAGACCACGUGAAGCCCCGCUCUCUGAGGUUCACAUGGUCGAUGAAGACGACCUCGAGCAGAGACCCCGCCGAGAUAAUGGCCGAGAUUCGCAAAGUGUUGGACGCCAAUAAUUGCGAUUACGAACAACGCGAGCGGUUCCUGUUGCUCUGCGUGCACGGGGAUCCUAAUACCGACAGUUUGGUGCAAUGGGAAAUCGAAGUGUGCAAGCUUCCGCGUUUGUCUUUGAAUGGAGUGAGGUUUAAGAGAAUUUCGGGUACCAGUAUUGGUUUUAAGAAUAUUGCUAGCAAAAUAGCAAACGAACUGAAGCUGUGACUGCUUGUUAAGGAGCCAGAGAUAGCAAACAGUGAGCCAACGUAGAAAAAAUUUCGAGCAGUGUGCGUGUGUAGCGACUUCCAUCUCAAUUUCCUUAGUGUUCGAAACAAACAAAUGUACCAGCUGAUGACUACCUGAUAAGUUUCGGCCUUUUUAUGUUUCAAAAAUGAUAAAGCUUGUGCUUGUCCCGUUGGAAAAUAUUUCACUUUGAUGAUUUUUAGUUGGAUUUGAAUAUUACUCAUACUGUUAAGUAAAAAAAUGUAUUGCCUUUGGCCAGUGUUAGAACUUUGAGAAAAACCAUCAUCUACCAUGCCCUGCAGAGUUUUUGUAUUAAUAUCAAUUACUGUUUAUUUUGGUUUAUACCCAGUAUUGGAAAUUUUUUUUCGGAACAUAGGACCUUUCUAUGCGAGUUAGAUUCUUGAUUUGCAAUUAACCAGUGUAAAUUUCAAGACAACGUAGCGAUGUUCCAUAUUUAAUCCAUUUGUUCGACUGCACUGAACUGAGGUGCCCCAUCGGAUUGCAUCGUUUGUGCGAUAGCCAAUGGUAAAGGGAUUACAGUCUAACAAAUGAAUUAAUUUUAAAACAUCGAGACGUUAUAUUGAAAUUUACACUGGUUAAUUGCAAAUCAGAGAUCUGAGUUCGGUGCAGUCGAACAAAUGAAUUAAAUAUGGAAAAUCGCGACGUUGUCUUGACAUUUACACUGGUUAAUGGCAAAUCGAGAAUCUAACUUAUUGUAUUGAAAGUUCCUAUGUUCCGAAAAAAGAUUUCCAAUAUUGUAUACAAUUUACUAUACAGUGUGAGUUUUAUAUAUGCAACACCCCAAUUUUCUCGGAAACGCCUUGCACGAUUUUUAUAGAUUUUGGUGUGUAAGGCUCUUGUAAUGCGACCGAUAUUGUGGUGGUAUUUACAUUGUUGUCAGAUCUUCCGUUUUUCUGCAAAUUUAAUGAACUUUCUGAUGAGAACUGGAACACACUGUAUAUUUUUGGCUUAAGUCCUUAAGAAACCCUUAAUAUAAUUAAGAAGUUAAAAUUUAGAUAAAUAAACUCAUUUGAUUUGAAUAAUAUUCAAUAAUUUAUAUCCUAAUAAUACAUUAUAUUAUCAUAACAAGAUCUACUGGUAGAUGAAGCAACACAUAAGAAGCGUCAAAGUUGUUAUCGUAAGAGUCAUAGUCAUCUAAAUUAUAUUGUUUUAAAUUUAUAGAAGAUAAUGUAAAUCUAUCAAUAAAACACUGAAAACGUUUGUUUUCUAUACUUCCACAAAAUUUAUUACAACUAUGUGACUACAGCUGCUUCGGCAGAGUGCCUUUCUCAAGUGAUUUAGUUUACUAUGUGUUUGUCUUUUUAAAGUCUUUAACUGAAGAGGUUGAGGAGUGGGGAGCUGUUUGUCUCGAGUUGGUCAUUCAGAAUUAUAUCUGUAUUUUUCAAUGUAUUAAUUUCCAUAGAUUCUAAUAAAGAUAGCUUAAGGCCUUUAUUUUGAAUAUGCAGAAUUUAAAACUGUUCAUUAAAAGAAUGAUUAUGAUCUAGAAGGUGAAGUGCGUAUGUAGAAGUGUCUGUUUUCUAUUGUUGAAAGCCCUUUUGUGUUCUGCUAUCCGUUUGUCAAAGGUUCUGCCAGUUUGACCGAUGUAAGUUUUCGGACAGUCGUCACAGGUUGUUUGUAAAUACCACUCUGUAGUUGUUUUCUCUUUCGGCUCUUAUUGUUCUUAACAUAUUUGCUUAAAUUGUUGUUAUUUCUGAAAGCUGGUGUUAUUCCUUUCUUUUUUAUGUAUCUGGCUAUUUUUGUUGUUAUCUUGCCAGUAAAUGUGAUAGAGCAGAAGGUACUGGGUUAUUUCUGUGGUGGUGGAUAGACUAAUUUCAGGGCUUUCUUAUGGAGUUUUUGUAAUGUAAAUGUAACAAGAUUAUGAUAUUUAGGUAUAGGAAACAUUACAUGAAAAAUAAUUAAUAUUGCUUAAGGACUUAAAGUUCAUUAGAUUUACAGAAAAACGGAAGAUCUGACAACAGUGUAAAUGCCACCAUAAUAUCGUCCUCACUACAAGAUCAACGUCUAAAAAAUAGUGCAAGUCGCUUCCGAAAUAAUUGAGAUUCCUACUUAAAACUCACUCUGUAUAGUGAUAUAGAGGUAUUAGACAUAUUUAUUUCUAUACAAAAAUGAUUUUAGUUAAAAAUUAGGAAGAAACCAAUUUUAUUCACUCUGGAUCGAUGACUAUCUCAAAGAUAUUGUUAAUUUUUACACUUACAGACAAUAAAAAUAUAUUCUAUGCUAUGACAUGUAUAAUAUAAUCCAACGGGACCCGCCAUGUAAGACAAAAACACCAAAUCUGGCUUCAGUCUCACCGUGUUUUUCGAAUACCGCUCUAUACAAUUUAGUUCGUAAGAUUAAACCCUGACUCUUUGCUUGUGAUAUGUGGAAUUGAUUGAAGAAAGUACGAUACUCUACAAGAAACGUUAUACGGGGUGUACCAGUAAUACUUGGAUCAAUAAACAGUUGAUUGAAUGACUAAUAUAGCUCAAGUGACUUUCGUCCAAAUGUCAGUUGUUUAAAUUAAAGGUAAUAGGUUUUUUAUUAAGCAAUAGCAGGCUUCCUACGACGCUGUUCCUGUUCAGGAUCAUGUUUUUAUGUAUAUGGUACAUCUUGUAUAUACAGGGUGUCAACAAACUCUUCACCAAAGAGAACUGCAAAUUUAUUAUCUACAGUUUUUUUUUGCAAAUUUUUUUGUCGGCGGGCAAUUUUUUUUUGUCAGCGGACAAAUUUUUUUUGAUCGACGGGCAAUUUUUUUUUGUCGGCGGACAAAUUUUUUUGUCGGUAAAUCUGAAACUGGUACAAUGAUUAAAUAUUAUGAACAGAAUAACAGAAAUAUAUUUUUACGUCAUAUAGGGGGAUAAAAAGUAGAAAACAACCAAUCGAGAAAUUUGGCGGACAAAAAUAUUAAAUUUUUAACGAGCUAAUUUUAAAUUCUUAACAGUAGUUUGUUUUUUUCUAUGAAGGAUUCAUGAAAAAAUACCAUUAAAACGUGAUUGUAUGCUUAAUGGACACACAGUCAGACACUUAAAAACCUAUAGAUUUGCAAGUUCUAAAACUUAAUAACGUUUGACUGCAAAAAUGUGCCCCAUAUUUGUCCGUCAAGCAUACCUUUUAACAUUUCUUUAUGAAGCAUUCCUGAGAAAAUUGGCCGGUGUUAAUUAAUAAUAUUGUUAGAUAAUUAGAUAAUAUUGUCUUCAUCCCUUCCAGAAUUUGUAUCUGCUAACAUUUUCUUCGUGUUUUUCACUUAUUAUCUUCUAGUCGGAGAUCAAGGUAUAAUAUUUUGACAGUGUCUUAAAGAAUAACAUUCAGUUUCAGGUUGUCCGAUCAUAAAAAAUUUGUCGGCUGCGGAUAAAUUUCCUAAAAAAUUUAUCCGUCAAUAUCCGUGGCUGACAAAUUUUCUAAGUCAUUCAGUUUGAGGUUGUCCAAUCAUAAAAAAUUUGUCCGCCGCGGAUAAAUUUUCUAAAAAAAUUUAUCCGUCGCGAACAAAUUUUUUAAAAAAUUAUUCGUGGCUGACAAAUUUUCUAAGUCAUCCACGAAAUUUCAUCUGUUUUUUUUCUUCGACUCUGUAAAAUAAAAGAAAAUUUGCAGUUCUCUUGUGUGUAGAGACACCUUGUAUACGAUGCGUAGAUCUCUCGUCCUUUGUUAUUUUUUUCUCCAAUACAAAAAUACUUUCAACGAUUUUUUUAAACGUGCAUUGACAUUGACACAAGUAGUACUUCUGUAUGUUACGUUUAUCAAAGUAUGAAAUUCGAAAGUAAGAAAACUGUAUUAUUUUAUUACGAUGCAUAAAUAUUUAUUGUAUUUAGUUUCUUUAAAAUUUGCCUUUACUUAAUUUUUCUCUGGUUUUUUUGAGUUUACGCGAAAUAGUGUGCACGUGUUUGCAUCUUGUGAUUUCUUGAGAUGGCCAAAAACUUUUGUAGGCCGAUUUAUUCAAAAUUGUAAUCUUAAAAGAGUUAUUUUCUAACAUGUAGUUAAUAAACUGUAUUAAAUAAAGAUGGGUUUUGCUUUCGACUGGACAAAUACAAAAAAACAAUUGGUUUCUAACAGCUUAGAAAGAAAAAACUCAAUAUAGACUCAUUUAUUUUGGUUAUUAGUAUUCAGACAGAUCUAGGUAGUUAUAAAUUAGUACUUUCUAGUAACAAGAAGGAAAUGAUAAAAUAUUCUAAAUUAGGUUCAAAUGAAAUCAUUGAACAAGAGUAACAAUCAGAAAUAUGGAAAAUUGCUGAUGUACACCGAAAAAAUGGAUUAGAAGUUCAUAAUUCAGAGGUAAGUAGACCUUAUUGCCUAUAGUCUUGAUAUUUUUUAUCCAAAAAGUGUUUAGCGAAGUCUCACGCUUUAGGAAAUUAUUAUUCUUCUUCUAUUUUGUGCAUCUUAACAAAUGUGUGGUAAUUAUGAAAGUGGAAAGGCAAAAGAACAAUUUCUUCCACAGGUUUGUAUUGUACGUAUAUUUGCUUCUAUAGACUAUAGAAGCAAAUAGAAGUUCUGAAUACAAAUUAAGUAACAUAGUGACAACGCAGCCAUGUCUCACUCAUUGAUGGAUGUUUUUUCAGUGUUGUUGUUCGCCUCUUCGUGUCAGGAUAAAGAUUCGCGACCUUCUUUAACCUGAGUUGACAAACUAUCAUAUGUGUUUAGAGAUAAUGCUAAACACAGAUAGUUGGUCCUGACCAAUUACCUGUCUUCCAAGCAGAUAAACAGUGAUACACAGGUAUCACUGAUGUCGUCGAAUGCAUAGCCAGGCUGAAAUGGAAUUAAGCAGGCCACGUAGGGAGACUAAAAGACUCAAGAUGGACCAGAAAACUAAUUGACUGGCGCCCAAGAGAAGACGCAACAGAGGACAAUGGAAGCACAGAAUCGUAGAGAAUGGCGCAAAAUGGAAGAGACCUAUAUCCAGCAGUUACCGGAAGAGGUUGCAUGAUGAUGAUGAUUAGCUACUGUUCGCCAUCUUCUGAAUUUCAGAUUUCCCAAAUCUUUAACACCGUCGAUUCAGUUAAGACGAGAUUUACUGCGGUAUCUUCUGUCUUGUGGCAUUCUUUCCAUGUAACACGCUCAUCUUAACUCUUUGGCUGCUUUAAUAUCUACUACUAGUCGAGGUUCUAGAUACCUCUUAAUUUAUUGUUACUUUUCAAACGCCACACCUCUUGUUCGGAUCCGUAGAUCUUCAAUAAAACCUUGCUCUUUCAAAAAUGAAUAACCAUUUUCAAUUUCGUUGCAACACGAAACUACAGCCGCGGCAUAUUCUAAUUCAAUCAGAGAGUGCUGCAAGCACCUCUACCGGUUUCGAAACUUAUUAGUUUCUCACCAGGAGGCACAUAUGCUGCUCUCUCUGACCCAACUAGGACAAACCCCGGCGUGCAGUGAUGAAUUGCAACAAACGAAAUGGCAUGUAUGCCCUAGCGGCAACUGCUAGCAAAAGACCAAGUUUUCAGUCUAAUAACACAUAAAACAACACCAAAAAUGUUGCUCCACAUCCUACCAGAUUGCAAACAAUGGGAACCUUCUCUGGUUACACCUCCGAGGCUUCUAAAAUUUGCAAGCCAUAACGGAUGCUGAGACUAAGGAAGAUGAGGGAAUUUUACAAUUUAUAAUUCACGUCCCAUCUGCUCAGCGCGGUAAAGUUUCAACGAGAAUGGUUUCCUUCGUACUCCAAUCAGAGUAAACAUGUGAAUCAAAAAUGAAUAACCAUUUUCAAUUUCGUUGCAACACGAUACUACAGCCGCAUCAUAUUCUAGUUCAAUCAGAGAGUGCUGCAAGCACUUCUACCGGUUUCGAAACUUAUUAGUCUCUCAUCAGGAGGCACAUAUGCUGCUCUCUCUGACCCAACUAGGACAAACCCCGGCGUGCAGUGAUGAAUUGCAACGAACGAAAUGGCAUGGAUGCCCUAGCGGCAACUGCUAGCAAAAGACCAAGUUUUCAAUCUAAUAGCACAUAAAACAACACCAAAAAUAUUGCUCCACAUCCUACCUGAUUCACAAAAUCGUUUCACCAAAACGUUUUGUUGUGAUGUAGCCCUUAAAGGGAUUUUUAAUAAAAAAAUGUUAUACCUUUUACAAAGGAUUUUUUCCAAUUUUUUUUUAAAUUACAUUUAUAAUCUAAUAAACGGAUAUAGGCAAUGAUUGUAAACAAUAAAUUACUAAAAGCUUAGUUUGUAUUGUAUUUUUCAGAUUACAAUUUUGGCAUAGUCGGCACACCCCUGCCAAUCAUAUUAAAACUUAUAACCAUCCGACUGUAGUGUAGUCGCCGUGUUACUAGUUUUUUAUGUGAUUUUUUCGUUAGUGCGGAUCCCUGAGUUAUAAACAAUGGACAAUUAGAGGUGCGCAAGCACCAGGAAACCGUUUUUCAAUUUGUAUAUAUUGUAUGAAAGUUGUGCGUACGAUUGAGUGUUUAAGUUAUAAGAGAUGUAAUAUUUUUAACAAAUUUCAUACUACAAGAAAUUUGUGCAUGUUAACGCCCAAAAAUUAUUUUAGUGGUAAACCAGGUAUAACAUUACACAGGCUUUUUUUCUUGAAUUUUACACUAUUUUAUAGAUUACAGAGCUUUCUGUAUUGAUUAUGCAUAAAGUUUAGGCGUUGCGUUAAAUUUGGCAACUACGCGCCCUCUAUGCUGUAUUGAAAACGUAACAACUAAAGGUGACAGUAGGCAUACCCCCUCUUGAAAAGAUCGCAUUACAACGUUGCUGUAUCUUCGAUAGAUGUCUGAUUUGUUGUUUUCUUUUUGAAGCACCAUAUUUUGUGAUGUUAGUUUUCGAAAACCUAAGUAAGCUUACGAUGCUGGUAAAGAUGGAUAGUGUCUUCACAAAUCUUAUUGAUAUUACUACCGAUACACCUGAAUUACUCCAUUAUGUCCAGCACUACAUCUCCUACUUUAAUACAUUGAUCCUGUAUAAGUGCUACAACAAUAAAAUAUCAUCUGGUAGUCGGAAACAUACUUUUUGCGUAAUAGUGGAAAUAUUUGAAGAAUCCACUUCGAAGUGGAACGUACUACAUUCGAACACACAGUGUUCUACUGUGUUGCUUACUCCACAGUCCACAUAGCUACCAUCAGGCUGCCCUCUCUCUAUGAUGACCUGUGCCCCGUAAGGAAUUGUGUGAAGAAGUAGGUAGUGCUUUCAUAUUUGUACUGCACCCACUCCUCCAUUACUGGGAUCAGAGUCCUUAUUCAUGCAGCCCGCCACUCGUUUAACCACUCUUCCUGUGACUUUGUGAUGGUUUCUCUCCUUUCUUCUGUCUUCUCUUGAAUACUCUUGCUGUAUGUUUUGGUUCUCUCUUUUACCUGCAGGUAUAUUGCUGGUACCCAUCUAUAACUUGUAUGGCUACCGUCGAGGUCGUUCUAUAGGGGCAUACGGUACAAUUGUUUGUACUUUUGACUAUUAGUUACUUGAAUCCACACCGGUGCAGCAUAUAGAAUUGUGGAGUAUACCACGUCUAUCAGAAUCCUUCUUUUUCCCGUACUUGGGCUUCCUAUAUUUGGCAUAAUUAUUUCCAUAGCUGUUGCUCUCUGUUAAGCCUUGUUUGCCGCACAUUUGACGGGUUAGCCAAUUAUCUGCUUACUGUCACCACCUUCUGCUACACAUGUGACUGAGUGCGUCUAUUACAGAUUUCCCUUUCGUAAACCCAUAUUGGCGUUCAGACAAACGCCCUUUCUCUAUGACUUCUUUUUCUAAUCUUCUAGUCUCUACUUUGUAAUAAGUCUACAAGCUCCGGGUAGUCGGAAACAUAUGACAUUUGUUAGGUGCUGUGUUCACUGUUGCCAAAUUUUAUGGUUUCGGCUUGGAGGAAAAAGAAGGCCAUGCGGAGUUAGAAAUGAUAAAAGGCUGGUUAUAAUUUGACAACCAGAAAUGUCAUUGAUGACAAGUGCAGCAGAUUUAAACGAAAAUGGUAUAUUUCUCUGUGUAUUUAUUUGUUGCGUCAUACGAGCUGAUGGUUAACUCCAAUACAAUUGUUUUAUGUCUUCCAAACGAUCUGGAUGCAAUACAAUGUUUUAUAAUAUUCUUUUUAAUGAUUAACACCAUUCAAUCGCAUGGAAGAAAUGUGAUACCCAUUUUGUUAUGAAUGUUGAAAGGAUACAAUUGUUUACUCAUUAUAAUUUUAAAUGUAUGCAUGAUACAAAAACGGCGCUUCAAGAAUAACAUUGAAAUAUUUUUAAAACAAUCAACUUUUGUAUAUAAAAAACCAUGUGUUGCUUACAACCAAUAGCAAAAUAAAACCGAAAUACCACUAAAAUAAUAGGCUUUAUCUUUUUGAGAUAAUUGGGUGACAUUUGGGUGUUAUCUGCACAUCGCAUACUUCAAGGAAUGUCUGCCAAGCAUUUCCUGUGCUAAAAUUUGUUUAUUUAUGCAUUUUCUAAGAGAAAAAACACAAGUUUUAUCUGUAGUAGUUAUUGGAGUAUGUAAAAAAUAAAAAUUUUACCACUUGAAAUAUUUGGUUUAGUUGUUUCUUCGAAUUUCUUGUAGUAUUACUGCAUUUGCAUUUAUCAGGUUGAUAAAAAAACUUCCGAUUGGCAGAAGCUGGAGGUUUAAGAGUAGAUUGUUAAAGGGAAAAACGCAAUUUGUGUCACAAAAAAGUAUUCUGACGUAUAAUUUUUACAAACUAGCGCAUCCUUACACCAAUAUUAAGAUUACACAGACUCUAACGGUAGCGCAUCGUAAGCGCGCAGUCCCACCAUACCCCCAACUACCAUUGACGAGUGUUAGGAAAUGGAUCACCGAGAAUGAUAUAAAAGAUGCUUCGCCGCAACAGAAAGGCAUAAAAGUUCUACCGUAGAAUUGGUUUGGGAACUCAACUGAUCGAUGAGACAGGUCAAUCAAUACUCGGCCGGUAAGAAACGGCUCAGCGAUUAAUCAGUAGUUAAUCGCUGGACGGCUUUUAACUCUUCUUCUUUUAUAUAAGCAGUACUGCCUGUUUUUCAUCAAUGGUGCCUUUUAUUCUACCCCUAAAUUGUCAUUCCAUCUUUUCCUUGGACGUCCUGCACUUCUUUUGCCUAACGGUGACUUGUCCCUGGAUAUUCUUAUUAUCCUUGAUUCAGACAUCCUGCUUAUGUGUUGAUUCCACUGUUCUUUUCUGAGCUUUACACAGAUAUUUAUAUUGUGUACCCCACAUAUGCGUCUGAUUUCCUCACGUCUUACCCUGUCAGAGAACAGCUUACUCCUUUUCCAGCAAUCCUUCUCAAGAUCUUCAUUCCAUUGGUCUCUAGAUGUAUUUUUGUUUUGCUUGUGUCUGGUCUCAUAAUAUCUCCAAAUAAAACAAAAAGUAUGGUAAUCUCAUAAAGAUCCAAUAAGGUGCAAGCUGGAAGUGGACAUCAAAAUAAUCCAGCAAAAAAGAAGUAUCAGCUAUAAGAAGGGAGUGCUAAUGCACAGUUAUGGAGAUACAGAAGCGGAAGUUGCCCAACAAAUAAACAAAACCAACAGAAUAGUAGGAUGUCUUAAACACACUAUCUGGCGCAACACACAUCUACGGACAGAAACAAAGGCCAAGAUCUAUAGGACAGUAGUUAGGCCAAUUAUGACUUACACUGCAGAAACAAGACCUGACACCACAAGGACAAAAAGACUGAUGGAAACGUGUGAAAUGAAAAUAGUCCGAGAUACCACAGGAAAAUCAUUAUGGGAUAAAGAACGUAGCACAGACCUCAGGUAAAGCUGUAAUAUAGAGAAUAUAAAUGACUGGACAUAAAAAAAGAAUGGUAUAGCCAUAUAAAUAGAAUGAGAAAAGGAAGACUGGGAAAGAUAGUACGAGACAGAUCACCAAACGGUCGAAGGAGUAUUCGCGGUGUGCAAGUACUUGGAGGGUAUACGAGAAACGAUCGUGCGAGAAUAGCGGAGAAAUAUUGUAACUUUCUUAAAUAAUUCAUUGUCAAUUGAAAUUGUCAAAUUGACGUAUAUUUCAUAUCUACUGUCAAUGAAGAAGAAAAAUUAUAUAUUGCUCCACAAUAUUGAUAUGAUAUGCAAUUAUUGUAUAAAGGUAAAUUUAAUUAAUUGUAUUUUGCUUGCAGUACUGCAUUUUAAUAACUAAUUUUAUUUACUACAUACAAUUGGUUAUGUUUUAAUAACAUAACCUGAAUCUUAUUUUUUCUUCUUAUUAUUUCUUUGGACUAUGGCCUUGACAAUUAUCCAGUAACCAGGACUAAUAUAAUUGGACAAUAUAAUUAAAAGUGCGAAUAAUGUUGCUGAGCGUAGAAACCAAGUGUCGCUUUGCAGAACUUGCACGGCCCCAAUAGGAAGGCCAAGGAAGAGAUGGAGUCACAACCUAGAUACAUGAUGAGGAUGCAUCCGAAGAUGGAACAAGAAGCAGGAAAAAGAAGAAAAAGUUCUUUGUUUUUACUCAAUUAUUUAAAAGCCCGGCUGGCCUCCAGGCAAUAUCUUUUGGCCGGUCGGCCAGAUCAAUUCUCCGGUAGAACUGCCUUGCUGUUGUGGUGAAGCUUCUUUUAUAUCAUUUUCAGUGAUCUAUCUCCUAACGUUUGUCCUAGUGGAUGAAAGUAUAUGACAGGGCUGCAUGCGUACGAUGCGCCGGCGAGCUGAAGACGAUACCCUUUCAAGACAUAAAUGUCUCUAUUAACUACAACAAGAACACUGGUUGUGAUCAUGUCUCAAAGGCGCGCCGGUUUGUAGGAAGUACAUGACGAAGUAAAUGUACCAAACACUUAGAACUGAUUAAUAUAAAUGUAUAUGAUAAACCAGAUAUAAGCCAUUUUCGUAGUCUGUCACAGAUAUAAAAAAACCGUUAUAAUUGUACAUAGCAACAAAAAUCUUCGGAAUGAGCUACUACUGUGAUGUAUCGGAAAAUAUUUUCUCUAUGGACUUAAAAAUUUAAGUAAGUCAUAGGUAUCGUUAAUCAUUAUAAAUAUACUGCAAUAUGAACAGAUUUUAAUAAACUUGCUAUAUAAUAUAUUUAAAAAAUAAAUAGAGGAGUUAUUUUCCGUCCUUUUGGGAAAUAUCACAAUUUCAUUGGCAGAACAUUGACGUUUGACAGUAUAACGUCAAGCUUUGACAUUUGACAGUUGUAACGUCAAACUUUGACAUUGAUAUAUUUCUCAAGGCUCACUCUGUAUCACAUUAUGUAUAUUAACAAUAUGAAAUAUAUAUUAAGAUAUCAAUAAUUUCGGUAUAUAAUACACUACUAAAUUUCCCUAUUCAUAAAGGUUACAUUAUUUUUUUUGUGAAAUUUGUAUUUUUCUUAUUGUAACGUAAACAAUAUUUACUGUAGAAAAUCAUCAUCUAUUGAUAAAGUUAUUGCUAAAAAGCUAUAAAGUUUAAUGAACAUAGAAUUAGAAAUAAAAUAAAUGAUUAUUUUUGAGGUAAAUAUUGAUAAUCAUCGACUUUUAGAUAUUGUUAGGUAAGCUCCAAUAAGAUCCAUGCAAAUAUUACACUACUUCUUCUUCUUAUGCAAUCCACUAAUGGAUGUUCGUGAUCACGUUUGACCAUUUUUCUCUUUCCCUUACAGUAUGUAUUAGGUCUCCUAUUUUUUAGCCCUGUCCAUUGUUUGACAAUACAGAGCCAUGGCAUUUUGUUCCUGCCCACACCACUUCUUCCUUCGAUCUUUCCUUCAAUUAAGGUUUGCAGAAACUGGUAUCUUUCGUUUCUAAUUAGGUGCCCCAGGUAUGCCGUUUUUCUCUGUUUAUUUGUGCAUAGCAGUUGUCGUUCUGUACCAAUUCUUCUCAGGAUUUCUUCAUUUGUUAUUCGUGCGGUCCAGGGAACUUUAAGGAUUCGUCGAUAAAUCCACAUCUCAAAUGCCUCUAGCUUAUUCAUUGUGUUUAUUUUAAAAGUCAAUCGUUCCAUGCCAUAUAGGAGCACCGACCAUAUAUAGCAUUUCGUGAAUCUUAGUCUUAGGUUCAGGUCAAAGUCAGAGUUCGUAAAGACGUUUCUGAAUUUCAUGAAUGCGACAUUUAAUUUCCAUAUCCGACAUCCAGUCUUCACAUAGCCAGGUUCCCAGGUACUUAAAUUUUCUUACGCGCUCUAAAUCUUGAUUGUUAUAUGCUAGUCUUGCAUUUUGAUGUUGACGGCUGAUUAUAAUGAACUUCGUCUUUUUUAUGAUAAUGCUAAGUCCCAUGUUCUCGCUAUGUUCUCCAAUUUUAUUAAGAAGAUUUUGGAGGUCUUCUAUAUUGUCUGCUAUUAAGACCGAGUCAUCCGCAUAUCGUGUAUUAUUGACCCAGGUACCAUUUACUUUGAUGCCGCUUUCGCAUUCGUCAAGAGCUUCCUGGAAGAUACUUUCUGAAUAUAAAUUGAACAGUAGUGGGGAGAGAAUGCAUCCCUGUCUUACACCUGUGAGAAUUUUUUGAGCUUGCGUUGUUUCAUUAUCCCCCUUGACGACAGCUGUUUGAUUCCAGUAAAGAGUUUACAUAUGUACGAGUUUAUGAUGUACUCGAUUGAAGGCUUUUUCAUAAUCUAUAAAGCACAUCAUUACAUCUUUCCUUUGAUCGUAGCAGUUCUGAGCUAGCACUUGGGUUGCAACUAGUGCUUCCCUGGUACCCAGGCCUUUUCUAAAUCCAAAUUGUGAGCAACCAAUAACCUUAUCGCAUUUUGUAGAGAUUCUGUAGUGAAGAACUUUGAGGAAUAAUUUUAAAGAAUGGCUCAUCAGACUUCAGUCGUAUAUUACACUACAUUGGGGGAAAAUACCUAUAAAAGAAUGUAUCUUCUUUUAUUCUUCUUCCUAUUUUGGCAUUAUAACCUUGUUGAGAUCUUAUCUUCUAGUCAACCUCUGUUUUGAUAAUUAUAACAUUAUUGUUAACUUCUUGUUACAUAAAAAUAAAGUCAACAACAUUGUAUAUAUUACAGUAAAACCCAUUUAUAUGCAACCGCGAAGAGAACAGACGACAUACGUGACCUUGAGGGUUUCAGUUAAAUCUGUUCAAUUAUACCUAAGUAUCAAAAAAUAUAACCACAAACAGCUUGCAUGGACCUUUUUGGAACUUUGGUAGAGUCAAUCUUGCUCAGGCUUUAAAAUACUCGAUUUUCCUGUGAAAUGUGAAUGUAGUAUACCCAUUAACAUUAAAAAAUGUCAGAUCUGUUCAUCAUGAGUGUACUUAGAUAAAAAAAAUGAAAAAAGCAACUCCAUCUUCACCUCGUUAAAUGAACCUUACUUUUUCUAGGUUAGUACGUACGAGGUGGCUCGAAAAAGUCCUUGUUUAGGCUUGUUAUGUAAUAUAUUUGUUUGCAAAAAGUCGUGAUACUUUACAAAACGUGUAAUUUAGUUGGACGGAUUAUUUUAUAUAUCUCUCCCCUAUUAGUCUAGGCGCCAAGUAGAGGUCACCGUGACCUUUUCAAUUCUGAUGGACAAACUCAACGGUUUCUUAUGGAUUUUUGGCUGCUGAUUACGAAUUUCGAGUGUGGAUUUCGAUCUGAUUGGUCAAAAAAUUGUUACAAACAAUUUAAUUGUUUAUAAGGGUCUAGCUCAUAAACUAAAAGAGAUAAAAAAUAUGUUUCAAAUAAAAUGUGUCCCUUAAUAAAAAACGAAGAAAAAAACGUUUACUAAACUUAAACCCAACAAUUAGAACUCAAUAUUGUAAAAUUAGUGCACAAUGCUAAUUGCAGAUUUGCAAAUAAGUAUUUUUCGAAACUUUAUCGAUCGUAACUCGGCUUCUACGCAUGCAAAUGGGCCUUAGAAGGUCUCAUUUUAAAGCUUAAUUAAUAGGCUUCCAAAAAAAGUUUGUUAAUUACUUUAUCUUCAAUUGUUUUAAAAUUAUACCCGUUUGAAGUUAUAAUUUUCCUUAAACAAUUGUACAUUAAUUUGUUUAUAAGGGUUUGAAGCAAAUUUGAGCUAUAAACAUUUAUACUUUAAUUAACAAUAAUGAUAGAAGAACUCAAAAGGAACAUUUUGAGCUUACGAAACUGUUCGUAACUUUAUUUUUGGCCAAGAUAUCGAUAUUUUAGUAGCGCUCUCUUGAGGCGCAAGAUCGGCUCACAGCAAAAAUUGUGAUCUGUGAGCCGAUCUUGCGCCUUAUAGCGCGCUAUUAAAAUAUCGAUAUAUUGGCCAAAAAUAAACUUACGAACAUUUUCAUAAGCUCAAAAAAUUGUUCCUUUUGAGUUCAUCUAUCAUUAUUGUUAAUUAAAGUAUAAAUAUUUAUACCUCAAAUUUGGCUGAAACCCUUAUAAACAAAUUAAUGUACAAUUUUUUAAAGAAAAUUAUAACUUCAAACGGGUAUAACUUUAAAACAAAUGAAGAUAAAGUAAUUUAACAAACUUUGUUUGGAAGCCUAUUAAUUGAACUUUAAAAUGAGGCCUUUUAAGGCUCAUUUUCAUUCCAGAGCAGAGCCUUAUAAACAAUUAAAUUGUCUAUAACAAUUUUUUGACCACUCGGAUCGAAAUCUACCCUCGAAAUUCGUAAGCAGCAGCCAAAAAUCCAUAAGAAACCGUUGAGUUUGUCCAUCAGAGCUGAAAAGGACACGGUGACCCCUCUGGCGCCUAGACUAUAUUUAGUAAAUCAGUUUUGUGAAGUUUUUAAUGUUUUUAUAGACUAGUCUUAUUAGGUAAUAAGCCUUUGGCUCUAGUUUUUCGUUCGACUUUUAGAACUUUUUGAAAGUUUAAAUGAUUUAGAUUUGUACAAUAUUUUAUAUAUAUUUUCUGUUUUUGCUAGUAGGAAAAGUAAGGUGAUGUUUCAUUGGAUUUACGAUAAUAUAGUAAUGAAGUAAUAUAAUUGUUAGAAGAACAGCUUAGAUUAGUCUAUUACGCUGUAAAGAGCAUCGUUUGCUUUUCCAUUAAAUACAAUUCUUUCACUGGGGAUGGGCACUUUAUGUUAGUUAAGCUAUUGAUCAUUUAUAAUAAAAUUGAACUCAUUAA